AGGUCCUCAACGCUGGUUUGUCCAUGCUCAGGGUGUUUUCGCGGCGGCUCCGAAAUUCUGCUUCUGUAGCCUGGGUCUGGGUAAGGGCUAAAUGCACUCGGCCCUACCUCUCCAAGUAAAGCUAGGGACAGGGACUGAUGACGGGAUACAGCCUGGGCCUUGAACCCAACCUGAGGAACCACAUCUGAGAAAACUCUGCCUAUGUCUGCAGAAUAAACUUGGAUUCCUCAAACUGUUCAGGGAUGGGGAAUCUUCAGCAGUGUUAAACACAUUACCAUCAACUUAUGAGAUGACAUCUUUGCAAAGGAAAGGGCUGCAAGGAAGGAUUCUCAGCUCUGAGGAAGAGGAGAAACUGAAAAGAGACCAAGUUUUAGUGUCUGACUUUAAACAACAAAAACUGGAAAAAGAUGCUCAGAAGAACUGGGAUCUAUUUUACAAAAGAAAUAGUACUAAUUUCUUCAAAGACAGACACUGGACCACCAGAGAGUUCGAGGAGCUCAGGUCAUGUAGGGAGUUUGAAAAUCAAAAAUUGACUGUGCUUGAAGCUGGCUGUGGGGUCGGGAACUGUUUAUUCCCACUUUUAGAAGAAGAUCUGAAUAUAUUUGCUUAUGCCUGUGAUUUUUCUCCAAGAGCAGUCGAAUAUGUCAAGCAAAAUCCUUUAUACAACACACAGAGAUGCAAGGUGUUCCAGUGUGACUUGACAGAAGAUGACCUUCUGGAGCACGUGCCCCCAGAGUCCGUGGACGUGGUCAUGCUGAUAUUUGUGCUCUCUGCCGUCCACCCUGAGAAGAUGCGCCUGGUCUUGCAGAACGUUUACAAGGUGUUAAAACCAGGCAAAAAUGUCCUGUUCCGCGACUAUGGGCUAUAUGAUCACGCCAUGCUUAGGUUUAAAGCCGGCAGCAAGCUCGGAGAAAACUUUUAUGUUAGACAAGAUGGAACCAGAUCGUAUUUUUUUACUGAUGAAUUCCUGGCCCGGCUCUUCGUGGACACAGGCUAUGAAGAAGUGGCGAACGAGUAUGUGUUUCGUGAAACGGUGAACAAAAAAGAAGGCCUGUGUGUGCCGAGAGUUUUCCUUCAGAGCAAAUUCCGAAAGUCUCCCAAGGACCCAGCUCCCGGGACCCUGGGCCUAGGUCACACCUCCUGACCUUUCACGAGGUUGACUUUGUGCCUCCCCUUGAAGAGGAAAGUUUAAGGCUGGAAGGUGGCUGUACGAGGUGAGAGCAAAGCUGAUACCAGUACAGAGUUUGUCCUUUGGAGUGUGUUUUUCUUUGAAAUCAACAUGUGAAGAAGAUGGGCCUAUAGGGAAGACGCUCACCGGCCCUCCAGAGUGGAGUCAAACCUUGCCUCAGAGCAGUCUGUCGGGGGGGCAGGGCCAGGCCAAGGCCCUGCAUUUCCAGGGCAGGACUCCGUCCUCUAAGCCCCCUCCACCAAGUGACUCCCACCCCUAGCCUCGGCCUCAGAACUGCCCCAUACCCCCUCCACAGAAUUCCUCUUGCCUAUUUCCUCCAUUAGUCCUGACCAGCAUUUCUCGGAUUUUAGCAGCCGAGCUGGAUAACAACAGGAUAUUUGAGGUAGAAAGUGGAGAGCAGUAUAGUGUAGUAGGAUAAGCCCGGGCUUUUGGUAUCAAGUCACCUGGAACUGUGACCUCAUCACUUGU